UCCGGGUUCGAGAAGCCGAGCUGCCUGAGGAAGCUGCGAGUGCCGGGCGGCCGCUGGCAUGGACGCUGCGGAAGUGGAGUUUCUGGCCGAGAAGGAGCUGGUUACCAUCAUCCCCAACUUCAGCCUGGACAAGAUCUAUCUCAUCGGGGGGGACCUGGGCCCGUUCAGCCCUGGCCUGCCGGUGGCCGUGCCCCUGUGGCUGGCGGUGAACCUGAAGCAGAGGCAGAAGUGCCGGCUGCUGCCCGCCGAGUGGAUGGACGUAGAAAAGUUGGAGAAGAUGAGGGAUCAUGAGCGAAAAGAGGAAACUUUUACCCCUGUGCCCAGCCCUUACUACAUGGAACUCACCAAACUCCUGCUCAAUCAUGCUUCAGAGGAUAUCCCCAAAGCAGAUGCGAUCCGCACCCUGAUCAAGGAUCUGUGGGACACGCGCAUAGCCAAGCUCCGGGUGUCUGCUGAUAGCUUUGUGCGGCAGCAGGAGGAACAUGCCAAGCUGGAUAACUUGACUUUGAUGGAGAUCAAUACCAGCGGGGCCUUUCUCACCCAAGCACUCCAUCAUAUGCACAAGCUCCGUACAAACCUCCAGCCUUCUGAGAGUGCCCCAUCUCAGGACUUUUAGAGGAAGGCCUGUGGUUGGCAAGAUUUAUCCUGUCUGGCAGCAAACUGCUGGGUGGAGGCUGGUGACAUGAUGGAGGUACUUGUGUAUCUGGAGUUCUGGAAACAUUUUUAAAUGUAUGAACAAUGCUUGAACAGGUGCCGAGACUGGAUCUGUAACAUUGGUGAGAAGCAAAUUUGUGAUUAGUUCUCAAAACUGAACACCCCUGAGCUGGGCAUGGCGGUGCAUGUCUGCGAUUCCAGCAACUUGGGAGGCUGAGGCAGGCAAAUUGUAAAUUCCAGGCCAGCCUCAUCAAUUUAGUGAGGCCCU